UGAUGUGGAAGUAAUUUUUACCAAAUUCCAAGUUCACGGCAAUUUGUAUGCGGCUCGAAUAGAUGAAGUUGAAUUACGAUCGUAGAAGAAACGUUCAAGAGACAGUGUAUCGGUAGACUUUUAUAUCGGUGACAUUAUUAUCGCAGCGUACGCUAGAGUUAUUUGUUAAACGACAUCCAUGUUAAUGUUUGCCAAUCGAUAAGAUGGCGUAUUUCCUUUUGUAGCUUGGCAUACCAAAGGAGAUGGUGGAUAAAGAGAAGCGUAUCUUUGAUGCUGAGCAGUGGCGUUUGGAAGCGCAAGCAGUCAUCAACGAUAUAAGAUAUCACGUGCAUCAUAUAAAGAUUUGCGACGACACAGUAUUGACUAGCAAUAAGCGGUCGAUCUAUUUGAAUCUAACGACACUGGAACAUUUCAAGUUUUGUAUACGGUUAUCGCCCCAAGGCUUUAGUAUCGUUAGUAACGAGCAUAAUUACGCAAGCAAGACAAAUCAAGACGAUGAUUCUAAUUUUGAAUAUUUUGAGACGAUCUAUAGUUUGUUGGAUUCUGUGAGCCCAGAGUACAGAAACUCUUUUGGCAAGAGCCUACUCGAUAGAUUAAACCUACUUAGUGAGAGUCAAAAACAAUAAAUAUUUACAGACUCGAUUUCAUAUUAGAAUGAAAUACGUUCUUACUUGGUUAGAAUUGUGUACGUUUUAAUUUU